CUUUCUACUGUGGUCGGGAGCCGACGAACGCACCCAAGAUUCUUUUUUGACCCGGAAGUUAUUUCCCGGGUUUGGUUUUUGUGUGUCCAUGUGGUUCACCGGAGAGCGUCGCUGAGCUUCAGUCACCGAGGAUGAAGGUGAAGGUGUUGAGCCGGAACCCGGACGAUUACGUGCGCGAGACCAAGCACGACCUUCAACGGGUUCCAAGGAAUUAUGAUCCUGCAUUACAUCCUUUUGAACUUCCACGGGAAUAUACACGGGCUCUGAAUGCAACAAAACUAGAACGAAUAUUUGCAAAGCCCUUUGUUGCAUCGUUGGAUGGUCAUAGAGAUGGCAUCAACUGCAUGGCUAAGCAUCCACACAGCUUGUCGACACUUUUGUCUGGUGCAUGUGAUGGAGAAGUUAGAAUUUGGAACUUGAUGAAGCGUGAAUGCAUCCGUACAUUGCAGGCACAUGAGGGCUUUGUGAGAGGAAUGUGUACUCGGUUUUGCGGUAUAUCUUUUUUCACUGUUGGUGAUGAUAAAACAGUGAAGCACUGGAAACUGGAUGGGCCAGCUUAUGGGGAAGCAGAAGAACCAAUAAAUACAAUUCUUGGAAAGACAGUGUAUACUGGAAUUGAUCACCAUUGGAAGGAACCUGUUUUUGCUACUUGUGGUCAUCAAGUUGAUAUCUGGGAUGAACAGAGAACCAGUCCUUUAUGCUCUUUGACUUGGGGAGUUGAUAGUGUAAGCAGUGUUAAAUUCAAUCCAAUUGAGAUGUACCUUUUGGGAAGCUGUGCUUCGGACAGGAAUAUUGUGCUAUAUGACAUGAGACAGUCAACUGCGCUGAAGAAGGUUAUCUUGGAUAUGCGAACAAAUACACUUUGUUGGAACCCCAUGGAAGCUUUUAUUUUCACUGCUGCAAAUGAGGACUACAACUUGUAUACUUUUGAUAUGAGGUUUCUUGACAAGCCUUUAAUAGUUCACAUGGAUCAUGUGUCUGCAGUCCUUGAUGUGGAUUACUCCCCUACUGGGAAAGAAUUUGUGUCUGCCAGCUUUGAUAAAUCUAUUCGUAUUUUUCCUGUAGACAAAGGGCACAGCAGAGAGGUCUAUCAUACAAAGCGAAUGCAGCAUGUUAUCACUGUCAAAUGGACAUCUGACAACAAAUAUAUCUUGUGUGGCUCUGAUGAAAUGAAUAUUCGCUUGUGGAAAGCUAAUGCUUCUGAAAAGCUGGGUGUGCUUGCCCCCCGAGAGAAAGCAGCUAUGAACUACAAUCAAAAACUGAAAGAGAAAUUUCAGCAUCAUCCUCAGAUCAAGCGUAUAAAUCGCCAUCGCCACUUACCAAAGACCAUCUAUAGUCAAGCCAAAGAGCAGCGCAUCAUGAGAGAAGCUCGUCGGCGAAAGGAACUGAAUCGCCGGAAACACAGCAAGCCUGGAACUGUACCACUUGUGUCAGAGAAGAAGAAACACAUUGUUGCUGUAGUGAAGUAAUAGUUUAGAGGAUUGUCAAAGGCUGUGUUUGAAUUCUUAAAGACAUUGUGCAUUUGGUGCAGAUAUUAUUCCAAAAUAUUUCUUUUUAAAAAUAUUUUUUUGCCAUUGUUGAAAUGAGUAUGCAACUGUGAAAUAAUCAGUGUCUAUAAAAGGCUGCUGUAAGGGUCUGUGCUAAUUUGUUAUUCCUGUAGCAUUUCACCUGUUGCACUGUUGGGGCACACAUUUUAUGUCACAUGAAAAAGAGGCAGGAUGUGACAUUAAAAUAAAGAUUUGUGUUGACUAGAAA